AUGGAUGAGUCAACAGAGGUUCGAACAGAUGGCAAUUCCCUGUUGAAGGCUGUAUAUUUAUGCCGGCUACGUCUGACUCGGCUGCUCCUGGAAGGAGGAGCCUACAUUAAUGAGAGUAAUGAGCAUGGUGAGACACCACUUAUGGUAGCCUGCAAGACAUGCUAUACAGAUUCACAGAGUGUACCCCAGCACAAGAUGGUUCGGUAUCUUCUUGAAAAUGGUGCUGAUCCAAACAUCCAAGACAAGACUGGGAAAACGGCUCUAAUGCAUGCAUGUCUUCAACAAAUGGGAGCUGAAAUUCUGUCACUUCUUCUUAACAGCGGAGCUGAUCCAACCCUGGAGGAUCAUGGAGGUUUAUCUGCGUUAGUUUAUGCAGUUAAUUCUGGUAACAGGGACAUUCUUAGUGUACUCUUAGAUGCCUGUAAAGCCAAGGGUAAGGAAGUUAUCAUCAUCACCACCAACAAACUGCCAUCUGGCCAUCAGGUGACAAAGCAGUACCUUAAUGUUCCUCCAUCUCCUGAAGUUGAAGAGAGUCUGCAUUACUUACCAGCAUCUUGCUGCAUGUCGCCAUAUGAGGUCCAGCUACGAACGCCUCCUCAGGGCUCUUCAGCAAAAACCUCUCCUCAACCUGGCAGCCCCCUUCGUGCCCUCAAGGAUCCCCAGUGUUUAGGCUUAGGGCAUGGCCUGAUCAGAUUUCAACCAGGUUCACCAAUGCAACAUCGAAGUCCUCUACGUGUUCCCGAUGUGGAUAAGCGACCUAACUUCCAUCAGCUACACUCAGAAGCCUGGUCCAAAAGUCCUUCCCUGUUGCUCCAGCAGAGUCAGGCGUCCUCUCUGACUGAGGAACCAGUGGAAAUUACUCCGGAGGAGGUGCUGUCUUUCAGAGUCGAAGAACAUCCUCCUGCUAUUUCACGGCACCAGAGCAUUGAUUUCAAAGAUGCAAAAGGACUUGUGAAAGCAUUAGAGAUCUUAUCAGGAAAUGACAACAGGGGAGGUGGUGGGAAAAAAGGCUUUGGCAGAAAGAUGUCAUAUGACAGUGCUGCAAGUUCAUUAUAUUCUGUUUCACACCCAAACUUGCUUCAAGAUAGUCUUGCCUUUUCCCAUGAAUCCAGACCUGCAGAUGAAGAUUCAUCUGACUGUCUUACACAGAUGAAUGUUUCCAGUCUGCAAAAUGUGGUGCGUCGGCGGAACAUUGGUAUUGCCCACUACAGUUCUGACUCUCAGUUGCAGCAAUUCAGCAGCAGAGACAGAACCUCAAAGAGCAGUGGUGGUGCUGGAUUGGCAGCGGAAAGACACAAGCUGGUCACCAGCAGAGCCUCCAAUCUGUUGGGAUCCAGGGAGUCCUUGGAGAGCUCGGCCCAGAGGCGAGCCACUACAGGGCUGGAGCGAAGAGGCUCAGGAGCUCUUCUUCUGGAUCACAUUGCCCACACACGCCCCGGAUACCUGCCUCGUUUGAAUCCUCAUAUUCCCAUACCAGAUAUUGGGGUUAGCUCUAACUCUUCCUGCCCUUUGAGUGGAAGUACCAAGACACUGAACGGUGUUCUUAUAGGCCCAAAACCUGUUCUACCCUGUGUACCUGUUUUCCCCAAGGAUCUGAAAGCCAAGAAAAUGUUGUGGAGGCGUCACUCAAUGCAGAGUGACCAAAUAAAACAACUUGCCAACUUUGCGGAAACUUUUGGGCACUAG